UCUUGUCAUUUUUAUUCAUCAAGUUCAAACACAAUGGUUUCUCUCAAAGCUUUCUCAACUGUCUUUUUUCUUAUACUCGGCGUUAGCAUUUGCUACGCCACUAGCCGGAAUCUUUUGAACUACGGUGCUGGUCAUGCUGGUGGUGGCGGUGGAGGACAUGGUGGUGGUGGUGGUUCUGGAGGAGUUAGUGGUGGAGGUUAUGGAGGAGUGAGUGGUGGUGGCUAUGGGGGUGGUAGUGGAGAAGGAGGCGGUGGUGGAUAUGGAGGUGCCGAAGGGUAUGCUGGUGGUGGCGGUGCUGGUCAUGGGGGAGGCGGCGGUGGAGCUGCUUCUUCCGGUGGUUAUGCUAGUGGAGGAGGAGAAGGAGGUGGUGGUGGUUACGGUGGAGCGGCUGGUGGUUAUGAUGGUCAUGCCGGUGGUGGUGGUGGAGGUAGCGGUGGUGGUGGUGGAGCUGCAUAUGGCGGUGCAGGAGGAGCUAGUGGUUAUGGAGCUGGUGCUGGGGAAGGAGCUGGUGGUUUAAUUGGUGGUCAUGCUGGCGGUGGAGGCGGUGGUAGCGGAGGCGGUGGAGGAUCAGCUUACGGUGGUUCAGGAGAGCAUGCUAGUGGUUAUGGAGACGGAGCUGGCGAAGGUGGUGGCGCCGGUGGAAGUGAGUAUGGAGGUGGAGCUUAUGGAGGCGGUGGUGGUCAUGGAGGUGGAGGUGGAUCAGCAGGAGGGGCUCAUGGUGGUGCCGGUGGAAGUGAGUAUGGAGGUGGAGCUUAUGGAGGCGGUGGUGGUCAUGGAGGUGGAGGUGGAUCAGCAGGAGGGGCUCAUGGUGGUGCUUAUGGAGGCGGUGAAGGAGGAGGAGCUGGUGGGGGAGGAUCUCACGGUAGUGCUGGAGGCUAUGGAGGUGGUGGCGGUGGAGGAAGUGGAGGAGGAGGAGCUUACGGUGGAGGAGGAGCACAUGGGGGUGGUUAUGGAGGUGGUGGGGGUGAAGGAGGUGGUUAUGGAGGAGGUGCAGCAGGAGGAUAUGGAGGUGGCGGUGGAGGAGGAGAAGGUGGAGGCGGUAGUUACGGUGGUGAACAUGGAGGUGGUUCAGGCGGAGGCCACGGUGGUGGUGGUGGUCACGGUGGUGGAGGCUAUGCCCCAUGAAGAAACCAAGUUAAGAUCAACCAAAAGGAAGGCUGAGAAAUAAAUAUGAUUUGUGGAGGGGUAUACAAAUUAAAAUGCCUAUUUCAAAACAUUUUGUAUCCAUUAUUAUUAUUGAACGUUGUAUUGUAUUUCCUAAUAAUUGAAUAUUUAUUGUCUUACAUCC